CGUCUCUCGAUGCUUAGACAAAUUCGUUUCUUUCUAAAUUUCUCUUUUUUCACACACACAAAAGCCCUAAAAUCUUGAUCUGCAAAUCUCCGAAUUUAAUAAGUGCAAGAAUUUGCGAAGAACUGUUUGGGGAAGUCACGAUGGCUGUUUAAACUUUCUUCCACCUCAAAUCCACUUCAUAAGCUUUGGUUUAUGAUUCAAUCAGACGAUGUUUAUGAACCGCCAUCAUCAUCGCAAGCACCGACUUUGUGGAAUAAAAGGGCAUUUGAUCGAUUGAAGAUUGAAUUUGAUCGUGUUACUGAAGAUAUUGCUUUUGUGUUCGAGGGAUUCCAUCUAUGAUUGUUGUGGAAUUAGGGUUUCAUUAUCAUUCUGCUGGAUGCAUCGUCGUUCUGUAUAGAUGCUUGUUGGAAGGGAUCUAGGGCUCCCAAACCUGGUGGUCCUGGUAGCGGUAUUCGUGAUUUUUCCGGUGAUCGGCUUUGUUAUCCGCAGAAAAUUUCAACACGCGACGGCGAGGAACGAAGAGAUUAAGAAGCUUCUGAUUUUGGCAUCGGAAGAGGCAGCUAGGGCUGAGAUUGAGGCUACAGAGGGAUACUUUUUCACCGCCAACACUCGUUCUUCGAUUCGGUCCCCGGAUUCAGCCUGGGUACCGGCUCCGGAAUCGGCCUGGGUACCAGCUCCGGAAUCGGCCUGGGUACCGCCGAAGACAUCGGUUCCAAUCGUCUCAUCGUUGAAGCCGCCAUAUCAAUGUGCUGUUUGCUUCUCUCCCACCAGCACGCGCUGCGCCAAGUGCAAAGCUGUUCGUUACUGCUCUGGGAGAUGCCAAAUUGUUCACUGGAGACAAGGUCACAAGGAUGAAUGCAAACCUUAUGUGGCUGUGAAACCUACCAAAGAUGUGUCAGACAUCUCGAUUAACAAAGAAGAUGAUAAAGAUUCCAAUAACCACUCACCAAAUGCAAAUCUUCAUGAAGAUUCACAUCAACCUGAAACCAAUUCUUUCUUCCAAUCAACAUCUGAAUCAUCAACUUCUGAAUCUUCUACUUUCUCUACCCCUACCAGAUCAUCCACCGAAACCUUUUCAGUCAGUUCAUUGGAUUCUGAUAACUUUGUUUCAGUAAAAUCAGAGGUCAGUCCUUCAAGAAAAUCUACCGAUUCAAACAAAAUCAAUCAGACCAAAUUCAACCUCAGCAAUGAAGAUACAACCUCUUCUGAUUUUUGGAGUGGCCCAAUCCAUUCCAAGAAAUCCACCAUUGAUCAUGAGCUUGAUGGGUUUGAAACAUCUGGUUAUAAUAGUGUGAAAGGUGUCACUGUGAAUUCAACAGGUAACCACACUCCAAAUGGCUUUGGAACUAAAAAGUCAACCAAUGAAACCUCUUCAUCAAAUGAAAUGUUAACAACAAGGUCACCAUUGAAGAUAUCUCCAUCUGUUGAGCAUUCAACAGAUAAAGAGUCCAAAACAUUUGGUAGCAUGCAGAUUCCCGAGAGGUCAAAGUCAAAGUCAAACUCAAAUGAUGUAUUCAACAAUAAGAGCUUUACUCCACCUGCAUUCAAAUCAUCCAAAGCUUCUGCUACUCAUUUAACAUCAUCUACCACAACCAACAGACUUGUAUCUCAAACUACAAAGCCUGUAGUUGUUCAUGAUGAGAAAAAUAGGGUUGCUACUGCUACUGCUAAUUCAUCUGAAAGUGAAACUGUUCGAAGUGGAUUGAAGACAUCAAUGUUGAAAGUUGUUGACCAGUUUAAGCCCUCUAAGUUGACUCGCCAAUGUUCACCAAGGGCAGAAAGUGAAACUGCACAUAGAUACAGUUGCAAGGGUCUCUUCUCGUAUGAAAUGUUUGUCAAGCUUUACAACUGGAAACAAGUUGAAUUGCGCCCUUUUGGCCUUGUAAAUUGUGGAAACAGCUGUUAUGCUAAUGCUGUGCUCCAGUGUUUGACAUACACACCACCAUUGAAUGCGUAUCUUCUUCAAGGACUCCAUUCGAAAACAUGUAAUAAGAGAGAGUGGUGCUUCACAUGUGAGUUUGAAGCCCUAGUUUUGAAGUCAAAAGGUGGGAAUUCUCCACUUUCUCCUAUUCGCAUUCUAGAAAACAUUGGAAGCAAUCUUGGCCAUGGGAAAGAAGAAGAUGCACAUGAAUUUUUAAGGUAUGCUAUUGAUACUUUGCAAUCCGCAUGUCUUAAGGAAGCUGGAAUAAAAUCUUCCAACUCCUUAGAAGAAGAAACAACUCUAAUCGGACUUGCAUUUGGUGGUUAUCUAAGAUCUAAGAUAAAGUGCAUGAAAUGUGGUGGAAAAUCAGAGCGACAUGAGCGGAUGAUGGAUCUAACCGUUGAAAUUGAAGGUGAUAUAGCAACUCUUGAAGAAGCUUUGGAUAAAUUUACAUGCACUGAAGUACUAGAUGGUGAAAACAAGUACAAAUGCAGCAGGUGUAAAUCCUAUGAGAAAGCCAAAAAGAAAUUGACAUUGUUGGAGGCCCCAAACGUGCUUACCAUUGCAUUAAAGCGGUUUCAGUCUGGUAAAUUUGGAAAGCUGAACAAACCAAUUCACUUCCCGGAGAUUUUAGACAUGGCUCCAUAUGUGAGUGGGACAAGUGACAAGUCACCAGUUUACAGGCUUUAUGGAGUUGUGGUUCAUGUGGACAUAAUGAACGCUGCUUUCUCUGGUCAUUAUGUGUGUUAUGUUAAAAACAUUCAGAAUCGUUGGUUUAAAAUUGAUGACUCCCGGGUAAAAGAGGUUGAUCUUCAGAGUGUAUUGAUGAAAGGAGCAUAUUUGCUUCUCUAUGCGAGAUGCUCUCCACGUGCUCCACGGAUAAUCCGAAGCUUAUUAUCCCGCCACAACACGGAUCCGAAAAAACACAAAAUUACAACAUUCACAAAGGAGCCAUGGGACAUGAGAAAUGAUCCUCCGAUACGCCACCGCACACUAGAAGAAGAAUCAUCCUCAUCAAGCGACAGUUCCGGAAUCUUCUCCGAGUCAUGCUCUUGCAGCACCGAAAGCAGCAACCGUGAUUCAACCAGUAUCGAAGACCACAUUAAUCCCUGGGAAUGGGAACACGAAUACAACAACAUCAACAACAUAUCAGAUGUCGACACCUCAUCAUCAUCGUCAUCAUCUUCCUCCCCUUCACCAUUGUACUCACGGAAGCUUCCGGGGGUUUUGUAUGAUGAAGAUGUUUGGGGUAGGAGUAGUAAUAGUUGUAGGGAGACUAAUUUCGAUAGAUUAGGUGGGCGGCCGACUUUGAGAAGAUCAACAACAACUCACGGAAGAUCAGAAAAAUGAGGGGAGAUUGGUUGGUGGAAUAAGGAUGUUUUUUGGGGGUGGCGGC